UCACGGGUUUGCACGUGUGCCACCUGCAGAAUCACUUGGCUAAGGGAAAAAUACAGGAACCUUUUACAAGAAAAAAAAUCUUUGUAAUUUCUCUGUUGCCAGUACAGGGCUAACUUCACCUGGAGCAAUUUUAAGAAUUUUCUGGAGAAAACAGUUACAGCUUUAGUUCCACAAAUACAUAGACUGAUGCUGAAAUUUGCAAGCAACUGACAUGAACAGAACAUAUGUAACUGACCAGAAAACAAAGUCAAUGAACAAAACAAAACGUACAUAAACAAAACACAAUGUAAAUGACCAGAACAGGGAAGAAGCUGCAGCCAACACACCGGAGGUUUUAUGUGGGUGUUAUUUGCACUAUAUGGCACCAGCCUGAACCACAGCAGCAAUAUCAAAGAACUGUUCAACUUAUUCAUAAUUAGCAGUGGGAAUGCCCAGGCUUCGUUUUGUGCUCACAAAGGACCAGGGGCUGCGUUGAAGGGAACUGGAACUCUUUAAUUAACUCCUUUCUAGAGCUUUCCUUUGUUGAGGCUUGCAGGCCCCGUGUUGCUCGCGGAUGGAGGGAGCCCUGUCCCUCCCUCAGGACUCGGUGCUGGGGCGGCCGUUGCGGGCGCCCCCGGGGCAGAGCGCGAUGCGGGGCCGGGAGCGGCGGGCCCCGCUCCGCUCCCACAGCACCGCCGCGCCUCCCACACGCCGCCGCCCCGGCCGGCCGUGCCCGUGAGGGCAGCGGCUCCUCCAGCGCCGCCGCCCCGCAGGGUUCCAGCCCUGCCCUGCGGAAGGUGCCGGAGGGUUCUGGCGCCGCAGCGGGUCCCGCUGUGAGGAGCCGGGGUGGGCCGGCAGCCGUUGCCCACACAGGGUGCCCACAGCGGCUGCAGCGGGGCCGUGGGCGCCAUUCCUGAGGUGACGCCGGGCUGGUGAGGCCGCCGAGUUCCGAGAAGAGGCGUCCCACGGCGUUCGGGACCUGAGGGGCUGCCGGGAGGAAGCCGCGGCAUUGCUCAGAGCCGAGAGGCAGAGUUUGGUAUGAUACCAUGGAAGGGCAGCACAACCAUCCUCAUCAUCUAGGGGACCAGAACAACCCUCUGUGCAAGCUGCCGGGGCAGGAAUUCCAGCAUGAUCCUCAGAGACAUUUAACGUCGUACCCGUAUCGCUGCACCUUGGCAGAUUUUCAGAUUGAGAAAAAGAUCGGACGAGGCCAGUUCAGCGAAGUUUACAAAGCAACUUGUCUUCUGGACAGGAAACCCGUGGCACUGAAGAAAGUGCAGAUUUUUGAAAUGAUGGAUGCCAAGGCAAGGCAAGAUUGCAUUAAAGAAAUUGACCUCUUGAAGCAACUGAACCACCCCAACAUAAUUAAGUAUUUGGAUUCUUUCAUUGAAGACAAUGAACUCAACAUUGUCCUGGAGCUGGCUGAUGCUGGGGAUCUCUCUCAGAUGAUUAAGUAUUUUAAAAAGCAGAAACGGUUAAUCCCGGAAAGGACGGUGUGGAAAUAUUUUGUGCAGUUAUGCAGUGCAGUGGAACACAUGCACUCCCGCAGGGUGAUGCACAGAGACAUAAAACCAGCCAACGUGUUUAUAACAGCCACAGGGGUGGUGAAGCUGGGAGAUCUUGGAUUAGGCCGGUUUUUUAGUUCUAAAACCACUGCAGCACAUUCCUUAGUGGGAACUCCCUACUAUAUGUCCCCAGAGCGAAUACACGAGAACGGCUAUAACUUUAAGUCUGAUAUCUGGUCUUUGGGCUGUUUAUUGUAUGAGAUGGCAGCUCUGCAAAGUCCCUUCUAUGGAGAUAAAAUGAACCUGUUUUCUCUUUGCCAAAAAAUAGAGCAAUGUGACUACCCACCUCUUCCAGCUGAACAUUAUUCUGAAAAGCUGCGGGAGCUGGUCAGCAUGUGCAUAUACCCCGACCCAGAUCAAAGGCCUGACAUCGGUUACGUGCACCAAAUAGCCAAACAAAUGCACGUGUGGACCUCGAGCACAUGAGCCGGGAGCCAGCACAGCUCAGUCUUACUUGAAUUCUUUUUCUCAGCUGAAAGCGACUGGUGCCAGGUCACACAGGUGGGAGGUUGAGCACUCGCAGCAGAGGCUCCAUCAUUUGCAGGUUAUUUGACAAGGACUCUUACAGGUGGUUGUGCUUUAACGUGAAGAUUCUGUGAGGUAUUGCAAGUGAUUCUUUUUAUUUUUUAUUUUUAAGGCAAAUAAUGUUACGGAUGUAGAUCAUUUAAGGGUCCUUUCUUAAAACUGUCGUGUGUAAUCUAGGAUAGCAGCUAUUACCGAGGGCUCAGCGUUUGCCAGACCUUCUAUCUUAACUGUAAUGUGAAAUAUUGAAAUAAUUCCUUCAGUGAAAUCACUUUAUACUAAUGUAAGGAUUACCAUAGAUUUUGUGUAAUUUGUAUAACUGCUACUUUGCCUCUUCUGCAAAUGGUUAAUAGCAAAUUCAGUUUUUACUUGGUAUAUUUUAAAGUAGCCAUUUAUGUUUUUAUUAAUUUCCUCCUCUUCAGACUUAGGAACUGGGAAGGGUUGGGGGAGUGGGAAACCCUUUUGUUUCAUGAUUUUUUUUAAAUUGAAAACUUAAAGAGUAUUUUGCUGAUGCAUUUCUCUGUCAGAGAUAAGUUAAACAUGAGCCUGGAGAAAAGAAGAUAAACAUGACAAGCAAACCCCUACCAGCCUUGCUCCUGCAGAGAAUUGCUCCUUUCCCUCACUUUUCCCUUUUGGAAUGGCUCUUCUUCACCUCCAGGUUCCUGUUUAAAACCAGUGUUUAUCAAAGCCAACUCAGUUUUGGUGCAGAGACUUUUACAUGUUCAAUAGUACAUUGGGUACUAUUGAUGGAACUUCAGCAGUGUUUUAAGCACUUGGAGAAUUUUUAAAAAAUAAAUGAAAUGCUUUGUGUAUGGAA